CCACAGCGAGCACAACGGCUGUUUGCCGCUGACGGCCACGCGUAAGCCUUUAAGAUUGUGCCGUGCUGCUGUUUGGUUUGAGAUAUUUUCGAGCUUUGUUUGCUCGCGCUGUGCCUGAGGUCGAGCUUCUUGUUAGUCACUGUCGCUUCAACCAAGAUAAUAUACCAUCUGUUGUCGCUGCACCAACAUCCUCACCGUUCUCGUCGUUACCUGGGACUGAAUCGAUAGAGUUCUCACAUCCACACCUCUUCAAUAUGUUCAUCCGAAGCCUCCUCCAGGUGGCCGCGCUCAUCCCCUUCCUCACAUCCACCACCUCCGCACAAACAGCAUGUAACAACUCGCCCUCAUUAUGUAGCCGCGCCUACAACAACAUGACCCACCUCGGUGCUCACGACUCGCCCUUCCUGCGCGACAAAUCGACCUCCUUCUCCACCUCAGGAAACCAGUACUACAACUCCACCGUCCAGCUUGACGCCGGCGUGCGCCUCCUCUCCGCCCAAGUCCACAAGAACAGCAGCGCCUCUGGCUCCGACAAGUGGCGCCUGUGCCACUCGACGUGCGAGCUGCUCGACGCCGGCUCGCUCACCAACUGGCUCAAGGAAAUCAAGGCGUGGAUGGACGCCGACGCAAACAAAAACGAAGUCGUGACUGUGCUCAUCGUAAACUCCGACGACGCCAGCGCCGCAGACAUCGGCGCGCAGUUCGCCUCCUCGGGCAUCGAUUCCUACGCGUACACGCCGCCGUCGACCACCGUACCCAAGACCUGGCCGACGCUGCAGAGCCUCAUCAACAACGGCACGCGGCUGAUGACGUUCGUUGCGAGCCUGAGCGAGACGAGCAGCCAGUACCCCUAUCUGAUGGACGAAUUCACGUACAUUUUCGAAAACGACUUCGAGAACGAGAGCCCGAGCAACUACACCUGCACGCCGAACCGGCCUUCCGGCUUGACCACGAGCUCCACAGGCGGCCGCAUGUUCCUCAUGAACCACUUCCUGUACUCCACCGCGCUGUUCGGGAUACAGCAGCCCAACAGCACCUACGUGAACGUCACGAAUGCCGAGACCGGACUCGGGGCGCUGGGCACCCAGCUGGAUAACUGUACGAGCGUGUAUGGCCAGGCGCCGCAGUUUGUGCUGGUGGAUUUCUUCAAUGUGGGACCGGCGAUAGCGAGUGUGGAUCAGGCGAAUGGGGUGUCCAGCGCGACCGGACGCAAAAGCGUGACGACGGCGCAGCCAGAUGAGAAUGCGACGGGCGCUGAUGAUAGUGCGGCGGGGAGGAGGGGGGCGAGUUUGGUGGCUGUGGUGGUUGCGGUUGUUGUGGCGGUUGCAUUUGGGUUGUAAGAUUGAGAUGAAAAGUUGCUUGGUUUGGCAUUUGCAUAGCGAUGGCGUUUUUUCUUGGGUUUUGGCAUGGCAUGGAACGAGUGAGGAUUGUCGCAUGGUAAUGCGAGCGGAGGCUUGCUGCCUGCAACAAGUAGCACUACGAUAGCAUAGCAUAGCAUAGCAUAUGCAUCAGUUACGAU